UGGCGGUAUCCAUCACCACUUCCUCCCCACUGUCCACUCUAUUCUCAACACAGUCCUUCACUCCCUGUGCUCCGUUCUCUCUCUGAGGACUUUCUCCGACUGUCUCCUCCUCCUCCUCCUCCUCUUCGUCGCUGUCGAGAAUAAGCCUCUUGCGGCUCUUCCCCUUCCUCUUGAAGACAGAUUCUGCAACGUGCAAGAAAAGGUUCUACGGGGUGAGAGUGUGUGAGUUGGGGGCGCUGCAGUGACCAUGUCGUCGGGCAAGAGCCUGAUCUUCAAGCGGAAGAAGACGCAUUUGGAGGAGUCCAUGUGCAGUGGAGGUCUGGGUCUGGACUCAUUCUCAGACGACCUGCUAAAAUUCAGAGCCAAUGUCAGUGCUGCCGUUGAAGAAUAUGAAACUAACGCUGAAGACGAUGAUGCAGAAGAAGCUUUCCUGCCUGAUUCAACGAUGGUGCAGAACGGAACCCGAGAGGAGAAUUUCUUUGCCAAGAAACACACCGCGGAAGACUUUGAAAGGAGUUGUCGUGUGGCUGUUAGUACCGUGGUUCACACCAGAGACUCAGCAAAAGCUCAACUGGAGACAUACUUGCAACAGGUGUUCUCCCUGACUCCUGAGAAGUACGGAGCUCUAGCAACGGAGAUCACCAAGGAAGAGAAUCCAGAGCUGGUGCUGAUGUGCACAAUUGUCAGUGGAGAGGGGCUGUUGGCCAAAGACGCAAAUGGUAAGAGUGACCCCUACUGUAAGAUGACGAUACUCUCUCGGAAACACCAGGGCUCGCAACAGGUCCGCCAGAAGAACAUAGCAGACUGGUUGAAGACGGGACUAGUGAGAGACGCCCUACAGACCACCGCCAGACCAGAGACGCUCACUCCAGUCUGGAACGAACACUUUGAAUUAUCUAUAAAGGACCCUAAGGAUGAUCUUCUGGUCAUUGAAAUAUGGGACAGUGAUGAAGAUCAAGUGGGUGUCACAAAAAUCAAAGGUCUCAGAGGAUUUGGAAAUUUCAUAGCUGACCUGAGGAAGGGUGUGGACGAUUUCAUGGGGCGUGCGUUCUACCUCCUGAGCACCAUUCCCUCCAAGGGAGAGAGAAAGUCACUCGACCUGUACUCGCACUCGGCCAAGACAAAGUGGGGUAGCGUGAUGAUCGAUCUCCGAAUCCGUGGGUUGAGGGAGGGGCUGUCGUCGGCAGAGGCUCUGGCUGAGCACCUGAGGCUGACACGAGCCGUAGUGGACUCUGAGAGCAAAGUGAAGGGACACUAUGUGAGGAGAUGGAAUGCACAGUUGAGACCCAACGCCCACCUACUGCUGGAUCUACACGCAGAGUGCUGUGGCCUCAACAAACUGCAGCAAGUUGGAGUUCUGCUGAAUGUGCUACUGGACUACCACAAGUCGUAUGCGGUGCAGAUAUCCACAUUCUGUGACCUCAUUGCACACAUCAAGUCCUCGAGACACGUGCUGCCAGAGAGAGUUCUGGAGGGGAAGUCAGACCGAGACCAUCCUCUAUGGGUGAGCUCGCUCUUUGCUGAUGUCCACGAGCUAGGCAGCUACAUAUUUGACGUGAUGAAAGACCACCUCCUUGUCUUUGACCUCAAGACACCACAGGGAGUCCGUCGCAUCGAGAGCCACCUCAUGGCCCUGAGGGAGAUGUUCUCGUUCCAGACCUUCACAAAGAAGCUGAACCAGAAAUACAAGAGUUUGGGGAAGGCACUGGAGACAUCCAUCAUGUCCGCCGUGACAAAGGCCUUCACCUUCCUCAAUGGCAAAGCUGAGCCUCUCAGAAAUGACCCAGAGGACAGACUGAGGGCAUUCAAAGGUCUAAUCCAGCACUGGCUCCACCAGACACAGAGAAUCCUCAAAGACAUUGUCCCUCUCUUCAAAGAAGUUGGGGUGGACUAUAUUACCUGGUACUUCAGAGCUCUUGACCCACUGCUGUGUAGUGAGGCCACGUGGCUGGAGAGGUACAGAGCAGCAGACGAAGAGUCUCACACGGUCACCUUUGAACUCUACCUGUCCAUGAGGGACAUUGCUAACCUCACGGAACACGUGAAAGACGAGACUGUAAGAGCUGAGCUCAAGAUCAGAAACUACCACCUGUGGUUCUCACCCAUGGUGGCCAACUGGAUAUCCAGAGCACAGAGCCUCUGCCGGCAGUACAUUGACAAGGCCAUUCAGAUUGACAAGGUGAUCCAGGUGACAGACGAAGCCACCUUCUCCUCCAGCGCAGUGGACACCAAAGGGUUCCUCCUCCAGGUCGGAAACUUCUGGAAGCAUCUACAGUGGCCCAGAGCUGCCGAGUCCUACUCUUACACUGCUGCCAUUGUCCAGCACAUAUGUGACUGUGCUGUGUACUAUGCGGGACAAGUGUACACCCGAGUGACAAAUGAGGACAUUUACAAAGACGGCCAGUUCCACGCCAGCGAGAAGCUGUGUAUCAUUCUGAACAACAUGUGCCACUUGCAACAAGCUCUGGAGGGACUCAGCGAAACUCUGGAGCUAGAGAAAUACUAUCAGUGGUUGGAGGAGCAAGAUGCACAGACGGAGAAUUCGUCAGAGAAGGUGGCAGCCAUUGCUCGCAGCCUCAUCUCCAACCUUCUCAAGAAUGCAGACGAGGACAUCGGGAACAAGAUCUCGCUGACCGUCCAGAACAUCAGCGAGAAGGUCAAUCUGGAGAGAUUCUUCCAGGACAUGCUCAGAUCCGACAAGGACUCAGUCGAUGAAGAGACUGUGGUUCCACUGCUGGACUACCUCACACACAACCUACAGACUCUGGGGGACUUUCUACUCCCACAGGUCCUCUACCGGGUCCUGGCAAACUUCUGGGCCACGUGUGUCCACACCAUAGCCGCCUGCAUUCCUAACAUUCCCAAGAAACCUGGGAAUAACUAUAUUCCACGCUAGGCUCCACCUGGCUCUGCAGAUGUUGAGAGAGUUCUUCCACGCCGGUGGCAGUGGGCUCUCUAAUGCUGAACUUGACACACCAGAAUACUGGAACCUGCUCUGCGAUCUGGAGUUGACGACUCUGUCCACCGACAAGCUGAUCCUGAAAUUCCAGUCGGACCUGGUCGCCCAGUGCAAGGAGGGCAAAAACCUAGGGGACACUGACUGUCAGCGUGGCCUAUCUGAGACACAGGAAGGCAGUGGAGGUCACCGUCAUUUCUGCCGCGGGACUCCCUGGACUGGACAAAUCUGGACUGAGCGACCCGUUUGUGGAGCUGAGUCUCCAGCCUUACUCUCUCUUCACCGACAAACAGUUGAAGACGUCGACCAAGAAACAGACUCUCGACCCGGUGUACAACGAGAGUUCUUGCUCCCUGUGCCGAAGGAGGGGAGAAUGGACGUGGAGGGGGCCAUGUUGAUGAUGGCUGUCUUUGACUACGACAUGGUUGGCUCCAAUGACCUCUGUGGACUCUGCGUCAUUCCGUGCAAUCGGAUCCCCAAAGUGGGGAACAAGGGCUCCAUUACUAAGCCCACUGGACCAGAGAGGAAGAACUACCGUCUACCGCUGUUCAAGGUCCAGUCAACCACUGCCUUCAGGGAGCUGGAAGGUAGGAGCCAAGCCGGUGACUCAGCUGCCCACCAUUUCUUCAAGGUCUUCAAACUGUAUCUCGACGACCUUGCCCCGAGCGCAAGAAAGUCUCCAUUCGUAAGAGCCAUCCAGGGACCUAGCAGCACACUAUGAUACGAUGUUCUCCCCCAAUUGUAACGUUUGUGAACAGCACUACCAUGAAUUCCAUUUUCUUACUCUUCUCUUUCAAAGCUUCACUGAUGCUACUACCUCCUCUUGAAUUGAGUGUUUGUAACCUUAUCAAUUGAUUCUAUUACGCAAUGUUAAAACGUCAAGCAAUAGAGAAUUGAAAAA